ACUAGGGUCUAGGGGACACAACUCAUUCAUUUCUCUCUCUCUCUCUCUCUCUUCCGACGGGAACCUCUCCUAUUCUCAAUUCCCAUUCUUUUCUCCGCUCCCAUAUCACGUCGCCGUGCCGUCGUCUCCGUUGAGAUCGCAACCCCUACGUUCCACAUCGUCUAUCACUAUUCUCCCUCCCAUUCGACGCCAAGUUCCGCCCGCACACCUCCUUCUAUUUUGACGCCGCUCGCCACCUGCCUCCUUCCAUUUCGACGCCACCCCUCGCCAGCCUCUAUCCAUUUCGAUUGGUGACCACCGACUCCGAGCUCGCCACCAACUGAAUUGACCGAACUAGCUAUGGAGAGCUCUCGGCCUUUCAGAAAACACACGGAAGCAAAGUAGUUUAAGAGACUUGAAGAAGUUGAUCCAAUGAAUGUCAUGUCUUGAAGAAGUUAGUCCACCGGUUACCAUUCUUCUGUGUUAUGUAACGAGAAUUGCCUUGAAAAAGAUCUCUCCUUUCAUGCAUAGACAGUGUGUAAUUGAUUUAUGAAUCAGUCAACAUAAAUUCCGUCCAACAGUUUGAAAGAAAUGGCAACUUCGGAUAGUAAUUUAAGCAUGUCUCCUCCCAGUUCUUACAGUGCGGUGGUUCUAGGCGGCACCUUUGAUCGUUUGCAUGAUGGCCACCGUCAAUUUCUUAAGGCUGCGGCAACAGUAGCUAGAGAUCGAAUUGUGAUUGGUGUCUGCGAUGGCCAUAUGCUCGUUAAUAAGCAGUAUUCUAAUCUGAUCGAGCCUGUUGAAAAAAGAAUGAAAAAUGUUGAAGAUUACAUAAAGUCUGUAAAAUCGGAGCUUGUGGUGCAAAUAGAACCAAUUGUGGAUCCUUAUGGACCUUCUAUAGUUGAUGAAAAUUUGGAGGCUAUCAUUGUCAGUAAGGAAACAUAUCCAGGAGGACUAUCUGUCAACAAGAAGAGGGCCGAGAGAGGUCUUUCGCAGCUAAAGAUUGAGGUUGUCGAUUUAGUCCCUGAAGAAUCGACUGGGGAGAAAUUGAGUUCUACUGCAUUGAGAAAAAUGGAAGCUGAGAAGGCAAGGAAGCUUCAGUUAGAAGGUCAGCUUUAAUCCAUGGGUGUCUAUAUAAAUUCUCAGAUGUGCAGAUGCAGUCAAUGAAUAAUACCAUCAAUACCCAGAAAAAUAUUCUUAAUAUGUUGUACUAGCUCGCUCAAACAAGCAAAUUCCAGAUAGAAAAUUGUUCUCACUAAAGCUGUUAUCUUUACUCAAAUCAGCUGAAAAAUGUUCUCAAUGUUCUUGUUCAUAGUCUUUACAUGUUAUUUUAAUAAAAAUUCAUAUAUUACUUUUCCCAUUGUAAAUGUUACAUAAUCAACAUUUUCUUCUA